UCAUACCGUACGAGAUUCUUUGGAUCGUUCUUGUCAGUGAGAAUUUGUGAGGGCUGUUUGCUGUGACAAGCAAGUCUCUGUUAGGAGUUUCUUUUGUUUGUUACAAAAUCCAAGUGUGUUCUUUUGUGGAGGACGAGGCUGUCAGUGGCUAUUAGCCACAAUGGCUAUGUUCUGCCUGCACUGCUGGUGGCAGUGUUUCUCUGAAUGCUAGUACCUGGGAGUCACAAGUGAGGAGAGCACUGUUGCACCCUGAUCCUGCUUCCAGCCUUCUUAUGCUCUUAUGUCCCUGUCCGUGUCAGGUGACGCAAUCUAUAUUUCAUAUUUCUGCAGGUAGAACUGGAGGGACCUAGAGGGAGAAAAGGGGAGCUUGGACUAAGCAUCAUUCACAGAGGAAGAGUGCAGAAAGUGGACUGUAUGAUAACAGUAGUGAGCCCCUAUUAUUGCACUCUCAAUAGUGCUGGGUGUUCCAUAAGUCCCUUGGUUCCCUGCUACUUUGAAAGCCCUCACAGUUUCUGGGGGGAAAAGAGUUCUUUAGUUUGUGCCUUAAUUCGUCCCUCUUGGAAUCUAUUUCCUAUGCUUCUUUGGUUAUAAAGAACCAAGAGACGUCACACUCCCUUACAUUAUAGGGCAGUUAGGAAAGGAUAUGGUUUGGGGUCCAAAGGUUAUUUUCCACAGGUGCAAAGAGCUUUCUCAGGUGGAGGAAGCCUUCUUCUGACUGUGGAGGGAAACCUUUGGAUCCAAUCCACCUGCUUGCUGUGGGGUAGAAGAAAGGACUUGUUGCAAAGGAGAGCCUAAACUCCAUAAUCUGUGCCUGUCUUUCCUUCCUGCCAGACACUCCCCUUGCUCAACUGGAAUUGGAAUAAUUGGAAUGGAAGUUCUCACCAAUAUGCUUAAAAUAUAUCUGCAUCACUUUGGGUGUCUCCUCAUACUUCAUCUGGUCAUUUGCCAAGGUACAGAUGACCCACAUAUAAGUGGGCCUCUGGAGGACAAGACUUUUUCUGUUCAAGAGGGGAGGACAGGAGUCACCUAUAUCUACCGGUUUACAUUGCAACCUCCAACUGUCAAGCUGAGACUGACUGGUGAGACAGACGGCAAAAUAUAUAUUUACCCGAAAGAUUGGUCUCUGUAUGUUAAUGAGUCUCUGGACUGGGAAACCAAAAACGUCUACAAUCUACAGGUGGAAGGUCUGAAUGAAAAUGGGCAGAAAGUGAAAGGCCCAUAUUCUAUCACAAUAAAUGUUAUCGAUGUCAAUGACAACCCUCCACAAUUUUCGCAGAGAGAGUACUUUGCAGCAGUGAGACAAAACUCCCGCGCAGGAAAGCCUUUCACAUACGUCACUGCUACUGAUCGCGAUGAUCCCACCACUCCUCAUGCGCAACUGAGCUACAGCAUUAGCAAACAUUUCCCUGACCCUUAUCAAACGAUGCUUUUCCAGAUUAACAAUGUCACUGGAGCAAUUUCCACAACAGCUGCUGGAGCUAAGUAUUUGAAUCCAGCAGAUGGGAUCAAUUACACCAUCGCUGUAAGAGUAAAAGAUAUGGCAGGACAGUCAGAGAAUUCCUUCCCCAGCGAUGCUGACGUGAUUGUCACCGUGUUGGAAAACCUCUGGAAGUCUCCUCCACUAGUAAAGCUCAAGGAGAAUUCCACAGAGCCCCACCCCAUGAGAAUCACUCAGGUACAGUGGAAUGAUCCAGGUGCAAAAUAUGAAAUCCGGCAAAAGGAAAACCCUCCCACUAAACUCCCAUUUAUGGUUGACCAGAACGGGAUUGUCUAUGUAACUGAACCACUAGACAGAGAAGUAAAAGAUGCAUAUUCCUUUUACGUGCUUGCAAAAGAUAAAGAUGAAGACAUCUCACUGUCCUAUCCACUGACCAUUAACGUCACAGUUGAAGACAUCAAUGAUAACCCUCCCACGUGUGACAAAACUUUGACUAUAUUUGAAGUUCAGGACAACGAACCUGUAGGGAAUUUCAUAGGAACUUUUCAUGCUUCGGACAGAGACCAGGAAAACACUUUAAACUCCCGCCUAUACUACAACAUUGUGGAUCAGAGCCCCAAAGUGCCUUCUGAUAAUAUGUUUCGCAUCGAACAUGGAACUGGGACGAUCAACUUACUUACCUCUGCCUUAAACAAGGAGCAAGUCUCUAACUACUCUUUGAAGGUGGAGGUGACAGAUUCAGUAUUCCGAACACUGUGCAACGUACAGAUCAAUGUCAUCGAUACCAACGAUCAGAUUCCAAUCUUUGAAAAAUCGGAUUAUGGCUCUCUGACGCUUCCGGAAGACGUACCACUAGGAACAGUAAUACAGGCAAUCCAAGCCACAGAUGCUGAUGAACCCUUCACUGGAAGCUCUCAGAUUGUGUACACAAUCAAUAAGGGAGACCCCAACAACACUUUUAUAAUAGUGACAGAUCCAAAAACAAACAGAGGAUAUGUUAAAAUUAAUAAGGCUCUUGACUUUGAAACGACUAAUGUGUAUAACCUCACCAUCCACGCCACAAAUCCUGAACCUCUUGUGACUGGGGUACAGUACAAUUUAAGCUCUGUUGCUUACUUGAGAGUCAUAGUUACUAAUGUGGAAGAAGCACCAGUUUUUCUCAAAACCAUUCAUACAGUGGAUAUAGUUGAAAAUGCUACUAUAGGUUCUUUUUUGACAACGGCGACAGCCUUUGAUCCAGAGGGUGACUCGAUAAGGUACACACUGCAAAGCGAUGGCAGGAACUGGCUGCGGAUUGACCCUCUCAAUGGCACAAUAUAUACUGCUGCCCCGCUGGACCGGGAAGCUCAGCGUACCUACACGGUGCAAAUAGUCGCAACUGAGCAAACUAAAGCAUCUCGAAGCUCCACAGCACAGCUGAGACUGAACCUGAAAGAUGUGAACGACAACCCUCCGAGGCUAGACAAGAACUUUGUGUUCUUCUGCCACCCUCUCCAAGGAAACGAGAAAAAGAAGAUCGAAGUUUCCGAUCCGGAUGAACAUUCAUAUGUUCAGAGAUUCACUUAUUCCCUUGUUGGUGCAGAUGCAACACAGAACUGGAAUAUUUCUAAACCUGAUGGCUUACUUGCUUACAUUUCCCCAAGGAACAUGAAGCUUGAAGAGAAAGACUAUUACGUACCAUUGAAAAUAAAUGACAACGGAAGGCCUCCUAUGGAAGGAGUUGUUACUCUGAAAGUGAUACUGUGCAAAUGUACAGAGGCAAAGAAAUGCUUCCUGGAACUUGAUGGAAGUUCACUUCCGACAGUUGGGAUGGCAAUUGGAAUUCUGACCGGUGUAUUGCUAGUCAUUGGUAUCAUUUUGGGGAUCGUCUUUCUCAAACUGAAACGCAAAAAGGAGUAUGAGCUAAAGGCCCAGACAGCAAAUGCUGCGAGCCCAUCUGAAUUGCGGAACUUGACAAAUACAGACCUAUACUGAGCUUAUCAGAGCCCCCAAGUCAUUUUGGUGCCAGAAGACUGAACUAUGAUGCAAGAAGUCUGUUAAAUGUUUAGUGUGCAUGUUUUUCAUUAUUUGACUAUUAGCUGUGAAUAGGACCAGGAGCAUGGUGCAUAGGAAAUGGAGAAUGUUUGUGGAUGCUCCCCCCAGGAUAAUUACAGCUUGGGGUGUGUGUGUAUUUUUCUUGUGGCUGUGGCUUGGAAAAGGGUUAAAUCCAUGAGUAUGUUAAAUGGCUACCAGGCUAGUGCUUAAAUACAAGGCUGUGUGAUAGGAAGGUUUAAGUCUAAGAAAUCUUGUCGCAGUAUAGGAAGAACUAAUGCCCCAGGAGCCCACAUUUAUGCUUCUGAGUCUUUAAAACAAAAAAGGAGUGUAAUUUUAGCUAUUUUCUGUAUUUAGCAUAGUUACAAGCUUUCUGCCAAGGACAAUAUUAUAACAUAACAGACCCACUGAUGGAAUCAUCAGAGAAUGUGUCCCAUGACUCUGCCUCUUAAAACCUUGUAAGGUUCCUUUAUUAAGCACAAAGUCAACACAGGAUCUUUGUUCCAAUUCCCCCGCAAUUCCUAUCUUUUGAGCUUUUAGGUAGGACUUCUAGAACUAAAACUAUGCACAAAUUAACCUGUUACUAAUUAGUCUUCAUUGUAAAUCUAAAGUAAAUAUAUACAGGCGCUUUUGCAUCGAACUUUGUAAGACGGCGGAACGCAUAGCUGUAGCUAAAGUUGGGGGGGGGGAAUGAGUGUAUUUGGUUUCGUAAAGUACAGUACAUCUCUGCUAUUCAUAGAAUGUGGAAUGUUGACCAUAAAAGUGACCUAUUAAUAAUCAUGCCACCCCUACGCAGAUGGAACAAGUUGAGCAGAGAUGUAUGCACUUUGCCCUGAAAUAAAACAAACAUAGAAACUUUGCACCAAAAUGGAAGAACUGGGAUGGACCAGAUUUAGAAGUGACACAUGCAAAAGUGACAUGGACCAGAAACAGAUUGAUUUGUUCAUUCAUUCUUUAUGGCCCAGCACAGAAUUCAUCUUUGGGAGAAAUCUCUCUCUCUCUCUCUCUUUUAAAAAAGUAAGUUUCUAGUCCUUUUAUUGGGAGAGAAAUCUGGACCUGGAAAUCUGUUGGAUGAAGUACCUGGGAAGCAGCAUCUGAGAGAAGGCAGCUUCUCUCAGAGAGAGAACAUUAAUGGCAAGAACAAACAACUUAAGACGGGCCUGAGAGUUUUUUUAAAAAAGGUUCUUAAUCAAAAUAAUGGACUGUAAAUGUCCAAUAUUCCUCUGAAGUAGGGCAGAAAUAACUGCCAUUUGUUCCCCCAGCUGAAGAACCUGGCAAUAGAAAUACAUGCAUUAUUUGACAGUAUCUUCUAUACAAUACGAAGUAUUUUUUGAGUAUUUGGCAAAUACAAUGGACAAAAUUGUCACUUUUGGUUUCUCUUAAGGUUCUGUUUUUUUUCAAAUUCAAUUUGCACAUUUCUGCAACAGUUUGUUGUUGCAGUUGUUUCCUAAGACACAGUUUAUGCAGUUCUGCCCAAUACAAUGCAUUUUUUUUUGUAUGUUAUCAUCACAAAUGUGCACAUUCAUGCCCACUUUCCCCUAACAUAUACAUUCUUGUACGCAUUGCUUGUCUGGAGGCUGGACCUGAAAAUUUAGGGAAGUGUGAACUUAGGCGGAUAGCUGUGCUUCGGUUCACAUCAUGUUUCAGUAAAUGCAGAUUUGGUAGGUUCACAAUAAAGCCAACUUUCUCCCCCAUCCCCACUGGUGAACAUGUGACGGAAAUAUAUCAUUGUUAUUGUUUUGUAAUAUGUUAAGGGGCAUAUACAUACAAGGUCUUCACCUUUCAUCUGUCUUCCUGGAGCUCUAGAACCCUGGAGUGGAUUCUGCCACUUUGGAUAUCCUCAAAAGGUUUUCUUCUGUUUCUAUGUUGUUGUUUUCUCAUGUAAAUCAAUAAAAUAUGUUUUUUUAAAAAUAUG